CUACUGGGUUAGACUUGUAACAUGAUUUUGGCUCUUAAGGCCUUACUUGGUUGUUGAGCUUUUUGGAAUUUGUGGGUGUUUCGGCCUGAUGAUUCCGCGUGACCCGUAGCAAGUAGACAAAAGCAAAUAAUGCAAGGAUGCAAAAGAAAAUAAAAAACAGGAAUGGACUGAAGGUUUUGAGUUGGCGUGGUUCGAGCUCAUCAUCGCCGGGAUGGGCCCUGGUGCCGAUGUGGGCGGUACAUAUAGGAUUAAAGCUUGUUUAUAAAACUGAACGAGUCAUAUGACUUACUAGGAGGGAAUGUCCACUUGCUUAUAAUAAGUUGGUAUUUUGCGUUUUUUUUUCAAAGUCUUCUACCAGUAGUUGACCUGAGUUACUAGGAUGGAGUCGGAGUCUUCUUGUUCUCUCUUCUCAAAAUCCAAACCCCAACGGACAUACGAUGUGUUCAUCAAUUUCAGGGGAGAAGACACCCGUAGAAAGUUCGUUUCUCAUCUCCAUCAUGGCCUCUCAACAAAUGCUGGAGUCAAAACUUUCUGGGACGAGGAGAGUCUUGCCAAGGGAACACCGCUGGGAGAGCUAAUGCGAGCAAUAGAAGGGUCUCAGAUAGCACUAGUUGUUUUCUCCCAAACUUAUACUCAAUCCCGUUGGUGUCUUCGUGAGCUUGAAAAAAUCAUUGAAUGCCACAAAAAUUAUGGUCAAAUAGUUCUGCCCGUAUUUUACCAUGUUGACCCAUCCGAUGUAAGUCAUCAGAACGGUGAUUUCGGAGAAGCGUUGAAAGCAACUGCCCAAAAAACAGUUUCCGAAGAUGGAGAUGCAUUCUUGAGAUGGAGCCACGCACUAAACGAAGCUGCAGAAUUCUGCGGUUGGGAUGUGAGGAAUUACAGGAAUGAAGCUCAACUAGUGAAGGAUAUUGUUGAAGAUGUUCUUAGUAAACUGGAAUAUGAUGCCCUGUCUAUUACCGAUUUUCCUGUUGGACUAGAAUCUCGUGUGCAACAAGUGAUUAGAUUUAUUGAAAAUCAAUGUCCCGAAGUUUGUAAGCUAGGGAUAUGGGGAAUGGGAGGAUCGGGUAAAACUACUACAGCCAAAGUUAUCUACAAUCGAAUUCAUCAUAGAUUCAUGCAUAAAAGUUUCAUGGAAGGCAUUAGAGAGUUUUGUGUAACAGAUAGGAGAGGGCAACUUCAUUUACAAGAACAACUUCUUUCAGAUAUCCUCAAAGAAAAGGUGAUGUUACAUAGUUUAGGGAGGGGAAAAACUGUGAUCGAUAACAGACUUGCUGGAAAAACGGCACUCAUUGUACUUGAUGAUGUGGAUAAGUAUGAGCAGUUACAAGAUCUGUGUGGAAAUUGUAAAUGGUUCGGUCAAGGAACUGUAAUAAUCAUUACAACCAGAAAUCUUCGCCUGCUUGAGCAAUUUAAAGUUGAUUAUCUUUAUGAGAUGCAUAAAAUGGACGAAGAAGAGUCCCUUGAGCUUUUUAGUUGGCAUGCUUUUGGAGAAGCAAAACCAAGACAGGACUUCAAUGAACUUGCAAGAAAUGCAGUUGCUUAUUGUGGUGGUCUACCACUAGCUCUUGAAAUUCUUGGUUCUUAUCUGAGUGAGAGGACAGAAAAAGAGUGGAAAAGUGUGUUGUCAAAACGAAAAAUAAUUCCCGAUGCUAAAGUUCAGAAGAUAUUAAAAAUAAGCUAUAAGGGUUUGUGUGAUAUGAAUAAAAACAUAUUUCUUGAUGUAUGUUGUGUCUUUAUUGGUGAAGACAGAGACUAUGUCAUCGAGAUACUAAAUGGCUGUGAUCGUAAACUGUUUGCUGAUAUUGGAAUAACAGAACUCACACAGCAUAGCCUCAUAAAAGUUGAAAAGAACAAUAAACUUGGAGUGCAUCCUUUGCUUCGAGACAUGGGUAGAGAGAUAAUUCGUAAAAGUUCAUGUUCAAGAAAGGAACCUGGGAAGCACAGUCGAUUGUGGUUUCAUGAGGAUGUACUCAAUGUAUUGACAAAUAAUACUGGCACCGAAGUUAUUGAGGGAUUGGCUCUGAAAUUGCCUUUAACCAAUACAGUUUUCUUCGAAGCUGUUGCUUUUAAAGAAAUGAACAAGUUGAGACUGUUGCGACUUGAUUACGUACAACUGGGUGGGGAUUAUGGGUAUCUUUCUAAGGAACUGAGAUGGAUCUACUGGCAAGGGUUUCCUUUAGAACACAUGCCUAACAACUUUAAUCUGGAAGGUGUAAUUGCGAUUCAUUUCAAGCACAGUAAUCUUAGACAAGUGUGGAAAGAACCAAAGGUUUUGUCGCGUCUAAAGUUCCUCAAUCUUAGUCAUUCCAAGUACUUGACAGAAACCCCUGACUUUUCAAAGCUACCAAAUCUUAAAAAGCUCAUUCUCAAACAUUGUCGCAGUUUGUGCAAGAUACACCAAUCCCUUGGAGAUCUCUCCUUUCUUGAAUUGAUAAAUUUGAAAGGUUGUUCAAGUCUAAGCAAUCUCCCAAGAGAGACCUAUCAGUUGAAAUCUGUGAAAACUCUCAUCCUAUCUGGUUGUUUGAAGAUUGACAAAUUGGAAGAAGAUAUAGGGAGGAUGGAAUCCUUGACAACUCUAAUUGCUGAAAACACUGCUGUGGAAAAAGUUCCCUUUUCAAUAGUGAGCUCAAAAAGCAUUGGAUAUAUAUUCCUAUGUGGAUUUAAAGGAUCACCACAUAAUGUUUUUCCUUCUAUCAUUUGGUCUUGGAUAUCACCAACAAUUAAUCCCCUAUCUUAUAUUAGUCCUUUUUGUGGCGUAUCAUCAUCUCUAGUUUCCAUGAAUAUGAAGAAAAAUGAAUUGGGUGCUCUAACACCAAUCCUUAGCAGCAUUUUAAAUCUUCGAAGUGUUUUGGUGCAAUGUGAUACGGAGUUACAAACAUCUAAACAAGUUGAAACAAUUUUGGAUGAAGUACGUGGUGUAAAUUUGAUUAAAUCAGAAAUAGCACCAUAUAUAUCAGAAAUAUCAGAGCAUUCCUUGAGAUCAUUUUUUAUUAGAAUUGGAAGUUGCCAAGACGAAGUCUUCAAUACUCUCAGUCAGAGCAUAUCUGAGGAAUUGACAACCAGUGAAUCUUGCAAUGAUUUUGUCCCAGGAAACAAGUAUCCUUAUUGGUUGGCCCAUACGGGUAAUGAACGUUCGGUGUAUUUCACCGUGCCAGAUGACUGUAGCAUGAACGGAAUGACAUUGUGUGUUGUUUAUUUAUCAGCCCCUGAAAACACAGCAACCGAUUGUCUUGCUAGUGUCAUAAUGGUUAAUCACACAAAGUGCACCAUCCAGAUAUACAAGCGAGACACAGCAAUUUUCUUUAAUGAAGUAGAUUGGCAGGGCAUAAUGUCACAUUUGGAAUCUGGAGACCAUGUGGAGUUUUAUGUGACUUUUACAAAUGGAUUGGUGGUCAAAAAGUCAAUUGUCUAUCUCAUGUAUGAUGAAUCAACUGACAUGAAUGGAAGAGGAAUCUGAAUCACCAAAAAACUAGCUGGAAGAGGAAGAAUGGUAAAGAAUAUUCAGGAAAAGGAUGAAAAACAUCAAAAGAAACAAGUAGAAAACUUGGUGAAGCAUCAAAAGAGAAUGAUGGAGGACCAUCCUUAGAGCUUCAUGUGAGACCAUCACUAGGUCCAUGGCUAGGAGAUUGGAAGAGGAUAGAGCUAACACCCCUAGAGACAUGAUGGAGGACCAUCCUUGAGGAUACAUGUGGGCCCCAUCACUAGGUCCAUGGCUAGGAGAGUGGAAGAGGAGGAGGGAACUCACCCACCAAAGGACACCCUCCUCAUGAUCAUAGAGUAUUAAUACUCUCCUAAGAUUCAUUAGUAUAUGGUUUAUUUUAUUUUUCAAUUUUACCCUUGUAUUUUAGGGUAUCUUAGUCAUAGGAUUUAUUUUCUUUUGUAUUUUCCAUUUUACCCUUGUAUUAUGGGGUGAUUUAGA